UUGCGCCUGGGGUGGGGGUGGGCUCCCCGGGGUGACCUCCAGGCUGGAGCAGAGGAAUCCCGCCCCCGCCCCCUCCUGGAUGCACCUGUCCCUCAAAAGCAUGACUGCAUCUAACACGAGCGACUCUGGCCGCCCGACGCAGCUCCCUGCUGUGCUCCUGAGGCAGUGGGUCCAGGGAGGGGCAGGAAGGAGCAGGAGGGGCCUGUCCCCAGUCCAUCCAGAGCUGUCUGGGUGUGGACGCGGGAGCGUGGCUGGGCCACCACCCCGUGGAAACCACAGCCCCGCAGGUUGAUCUGGACCAUGUGCUAAUGUUCAAGCUUGUCAGCGGGGGGACCGGAUGGGAGAUCAACAGGGUGCUUUCACCUUUCGAGACUCUCUGGUCCAGAUGCUCGUUUGGUCUCGUGCAGCCCUACCCUCGGUUGCCGAGCCCCCAGCAAGGGAACACCCGGCACAACGAGGGCGCAUCACCUCCGAGACACCCCAAAUAGGAGUUCUGAUGUCCAGCCUCCUCUUCCAAAGGUACAUCGCAGGACCACUGGCUGGCCCGCGGGUUCCCGUUCUGGGCGGGAGGAGAGGACAAGGAGAGGGGAGGACGGACAUGAGAAGGACAGGACCUCCCUCCUCGCAUCGCCCUCCCCAAGCAGAGACGUCCGGCAGCCAGGGGUCCCUGCAGCUUCCCUCUCCCGCCCGCCCGGUGCCGAGCCAAGGUCCUGAGGCUCGGCAGGUGUUGGCGGCACGCAUCUGGCAGACGCACCUCCACUCGUCUGUGCACCACCCCGCUGUUUGCGGAGCACCCACUCUUCUCCAGGUGCUGUUCCAGGCGACCCCCACGGGCAGCUGCUCCUCCAUCCUGGCCUGGCCGGCGGGGACACAGCAGACACAUCACAGAAGAGGAGCAAGCGGUGCCCGGCUGAGGAGCCGCCAGGGGAGGCGGCAGAGACCUGCUCUUCGGAAUCAGCGUCUGUCCUGUGUCAAGGGCUCCCGGAGGCCGGUGUUGGGGCAGGAGGGGGCCAGGGGGGCCCUGCUGGGCGUGUAACUCUGCAGCCCACCCCCAGCUGCGUCCAGAGAAACCCGAACGAGGAAAGCAGUGCGAGCUUUCUGCAGCCGCCUCCCGGGAACCAGCCCCAGGCCCGUCCUCACGACGGACGGCAGCUCUGGGACCGGCGCGGGGACAGCCCCGUGCAGCCCCGACGGGGCUGGUCCGCGCCACGUGCCACGAGGAAAGCCUGGCGGGACACUGCACGUGCUCAGAACACGGAAAAUCAAGACUCACAGAGCUAUAAAAAUGAAGAGGUGUUAACACUUUGCUCAAGGAGGGAACCGGGCAGAUGUUAGAAAGUUGAGAAGAAAAUUAAUUAAAAGACACUCUUGGGGGGCGCCUGGGGGCUCAGUCGUUUGAGCAUC